GCCUCCCCCCUCUCGGGCGAGCGCCGGCGCCACCACCCACCACCACCACCCGGCCGGCCACGUAGCUAGCCCGGAAUAAAAUAAAUUAUCUAUCUACGUACCUAGCCAGCCAUGGCGUCCCUCUCCCUCGAGGACGUCCGCAACGAGACCGUCGACCUGUCGACGGUGACGGUGGAUGAGGUGUUCAAGACGCUCAAGUGCGACAGGAAGGGGCUGAGCGAGGCGGAGGGCGAGAACCGGCUCAAGCUCUUCGGCCCCAACAAGCUGGAGGAGAAGAAGGAGAGCAAGCUGCUCAAGUUCCUGGGCUUCAUGUGGAACCCGCUGUCAUGGGUCAUGGAGAUCGCCGCCAUCAUGGCCAUCGCGCUCGCCAACGGCGGCGGCAGGCCGCCGGACUGGCAGGACUUCGUCGGCAUCGUCACCCUCCUCUUCAUCAACUCCACCAUCAGCUACAUCGAGGAGGCCAACGCCGGGGACGCCGCCGCCGCGCUCAUGGCCGGGCUCGCGCCCAAGACCAAGCUGCUCAGGGACGGCAGCUGGGAGGAGCGGGACGCCGCCAUCCUCGUGCCCGGAGACAUCAUCAGCAUCAAGCUCGGCGACAUCAUCCCCGCCGACGCCAGGCUGCUCGAGGGCGACGCGCUCAAGAUCGACCAGUCGGCGCUCACGGGCGAGUCGCUGCCGGUGAACAGGUACUCCGGGCAGGAGGUGUUCUCAGGCUCCACGGUGAAGCAGGGCGAGCUCGAGGCCGUCGUCAUCGCCACCGGCGUGCACACUUUCUUCGGCAAGGCCGCGCACCUCGUCGACAGCACCAACAACGUCGGACACUUCCAGCAGGUGCUCACGGCCAUCGGCAACUUCUGCAUCAUCUCCAUCGCCGCGGGCAUGCUCGUGGAGAUCAUCGUCAUGUACCCGAUCCAGCACCGCGCGUACCGCGACGGCAUCGACAACCUCCUCGUGCUCCUCAUCGGCGGCAUCCCCAUCGCCAUGCCCACCGUGCUCUCCGUCACCAUGGCCAUCGGCUCCCACCGGCUGUCGCAGCAGGGCGCCAUCACCAAGCGCAUGACGGCCAUCGAGGAGAUGGCCGGCAUGGACGUGCUCUGCAGCGACAAGACCGGCACGCUCACACUCAACAAGCUCACCGUCGACAAGACCCUCAUCGAGGUGUGCUCCAAGGGCGUCGACAAGGACAUGGUGCUCCUCUACGCCGCCAGGGCGUCCCGUGUCGAGAACCAGGACGCCAUUGACACGUGCAUCGUCAACAUGCUCGCCGACCCCAAGGAGGCCCGCGCCGGCAUUAAGGAAGUCCACUUCCUACCCUUCAACCCGGUGGACAAGCGCACGGCCAUCACCUACAUCGACGGCAACGGCGACUGGCACAGGGUCAGCAAGGGCGCGCCCGAGCAGAUCAUCGAGCUCUGCAAGAUGGCACCGGACGCCGAGAAGAAGGUGCACACGCUCAUCGACUCAUACGCCGACCGCGGCCUUCGGUCCCUCGGCGUGUCGUACCAGCAGGUCCCGGAGAAGAACAAGGAGAGCGCGGGCGACCCGUGGCAGUUCAUCGGGCUGCUCCCCCUGUUCGACCCUCCGAGGCACGACAGCGCGGAGACCAUCCGCCGCGCGCUCCACCUCGGCGUCAACGUCAAGAUGAUCACCGGCGACCAGCUGGCCAUCGGGAAGGAGACCGGGCGGCGGCUCGGCAUGGGCACCAACAUGUACCCGUCCACGGCCCUCCUGGGCGACAAGAACACGGCCGUGGACGGCCUCCCCAUCGACGAGCUCAUCGAGAAGGCCGACGGGUUCGCCGGGGUGUUCCCGGAGCACAAGUACGAGAUCGUGAAGCGGCUGCAGGACAAGAAGCACAUCGUGGGGAUGACGGGCGACGGCGUGAACGACGCGCCGGCGCUGAAGAAGGCCGACAUCGGCAUCGCCGUGGACGACGCGACGGACGCGGCCCGGUCGGCGUCGGACAUCGUGCUGACGGAGCCCGGGCUGAGCGUGAUCGUGAGCGCGGUGCUGACGAGCCGCGCCAUCUUCCAGCGGAUGAAGAACUACACCAUCUACGCGGUGUCCAUCACGAUCCGGAUCGUGCUCGGGUUCAUGCUGGUGGCGCUGAUCUGGAAGUUCGACUUCGCGCCCUUCAUGGUGCUCAUCAUCGCCAUCCUCAACGACGGCACCAUCAUGACCAUCUCCAAGGACCGGGUGAAGCCGUCGCCGAAGCCGGACUCAUGGAAACUCGACGAGAUCUUCGCGACGGGGGUGGUGCUGGGCACGUACAUGGCGCUGGUCACCGUGGUCUUCUUCUACCUGGCGCACGACACGGACUUCUUCACGGAGACGUUCGGGGUGCACCCGAUCAGGGACAACGACCGGCAGCUCAUGGCGGCGCUGUACCUGCAGGUGAGCAUCAUCAGCCAGGCGCUCAUCUUCGUGACGCGGUCGCGGAGCUGGUCCUUCGUGGAGCGGCCGGGGUUCCUGCUGCUGUUCGCCUUCUUCGCGGCGCAGCUGAUGGCGACGGCGAUCGCCGUGUACGCCAACUGGGACUUCUGCGACAUGGAGGGGAUCGGGUGGGCGUGGGGCGGCGCCAUCUGGGUCUUCACCCUCAUCACCUACAUCCCGCUGGACGUGCUCAAGUUCAUCAUCCGCUACUCGAUCAGCGGCAAGGGGUGGAACAACGUACAGAACAAGACGGCGUUUACCAACAAGAAGGACUACGGCAGGGGCGAGCGGGAGGCGCUGUGGGCCAGGGAGCAGAGGACGCUCAACGGCCUCAGCCAGCCGGCCGGCUCCGACCUCCUCAGCAACAAGGAGGAGCUCUCCGACAUCGCCGCGGAGGCCGCCAAGCGCGCCGAGAUCGCCAGGCUCAGGGAGCUGCACACGCUCAAGGGCCACGUCGAGUCGGUCGUCAAGCAGAAGGGCAUCGACAUCGACGCCAUUCCGCAGAACUACACCGUCUGAUCUGAUCGAUUGCUGCUCCGGUGGGGCGGCCGGAGAGGGUCGCUUGUGUUGCGUGGUUUUGAGCGAGAAGAGCAAUGCUUGUACUACAACUAUGCCGGUAUACCUCUCUGUGUAUACAUCUCUCUUACUACUGCUGCAUAGGUUUUCUUGUGCUCUCUAUCUGACACUAUCUGUAAUACAAGUGUGUGGGAACGGUGCGUCUGCAUCAACAUUUUGUCUCUCU